CGCGAAACUUUGCCAACAGAAAUCGCAUUUCGAGAUCGAUUGCUGGUGUGAUCAAUAGCAGAUAAUUGGCGGAGAUGUUUUUAAAAUGGGACCAGAUUCUGUUUUUCAAAAUGACACGUUGUCGAACGAGGUAUUAAAUAUGAAGUGAUACAUCAUUUAGAGAACAAAUGCCUUAGAGUAAUUUGGGACUUCAUGAAUACAAUCCAGACGGUGAUCGGGCAAUAAAAGAAACGUUACAAGAUAUAGAUCAUUCUUCGGAAUGUGAUGGUAAUGGUGGGAAAAGACGAAGAUAUUUACCGACCACUGCAAGGAAUUGUUCUUGUUUAAUUGGGAAAGAAAUGAUCGAGUUCUUGCACAAAGACUGUCACAAGAUCUAAUUGGAAAUUCAAAGUACGACUACAGCUUGCGUAAGCCCCCCAUGUGUUCCUGCCUCUUCGUUUGUACACUGCACUUGUUUUAUGAAGGAAGGUACGGACUGAACAUCAGGACAUGGGCUCCUAAGGACCGUGAUAUGAUUUACAAGAAGGCAUGGUGAGUAGUUCACUCUUGGUUACAUUUCCAUAACGAUGUCACAAGGCAGUAACGCUACAGCCUCUGUCAACGAGGAUUUCAAGGAAUUUUACGUUCAGGCUCGCUUCAUCACUGGCCUUAUUCUCUACCCCAUCUUCUGCGUCCUCGGCUUAAUAGGCAAUGGCUUGGGGAUCGCCGUUAUGUUACAGAAACAGAUGCGAUCGUCGACAAAUGUGUACUUACUGGCACUGGCUAUUUCAGACGGGAUCAAAAUCAUCUGCGAUGCCUUAUAUUUCUUGGUGGUGCUCUUCUUAGAAAUCGAUCCCAAAAUUGGAAAUCGUUUGUACAUAUUUUUGUAUCCGUACGCACAUUAUGUAUUCAACGCGUCCCUGUGCAUAUCAGCAUGGCUAACGGUGGCGGUUGCGGUGGAGCGUUAUGUGUAUGUAUGUCAUGUACAUAAGGUCCGAACGUAUUGCACGCUAUCGCGGGCCAGGGCCAUUUCUUUCAGUGUCUUCAUCUUUAUGAGUUUAGCCUGCAUACCAUAUGCUCUGCGAUACAAAACUGUUGAAAGCCAAAAUAAUUCAACAACUUGGAUUAGUUACGACCUCAGUCUAACAGACUUAUGGGCCGAUCCAAAGUUCGCCUCCAUAUUUACAUGGAUACAAUAUUUCAUCCGAAUCAUCAUUCCGCUUACCCUCUUGAUUGUUUUGAAUAUUUUCAUUAUGUAUGGAAUAAGGAAAUGCCGUAUUGGGAGGAAGAAUCACAGAAUUACUGUCAUGUUAAUUGUUGUGAUCAUUGUUUUCAUUAUCUGUAUUAUUCCGGAUGCUAUCAUGUCGACAUUCCUUGGUUUUGGAUAUUACGAGGAGGACUACUUAGCACGAGCUAUAAGAGAGAUCACUGAUUUAUUUUUGCUCAUUAACACUGCUGUUAAUUUUGUUAUAUACUGUGCAUUUAACACUAUUUUUUGGAGAAACUUUCAAUCCUUGUUCUGUUCCUGUUGUAUUUCAAAAGGAACAUUGUUAGAGAAUUCUCACAUGAGACAACUGUCAUUAUGUGGGAGGGAAAAUUCCAAAAAGACAAUAAUACGGGCACACGAUGUAAAUGAAGAGAGACUUCUACCAGAGCCAGCAGCAAUCUGAAUAAUGUGUAAAAACAACUCAAUAUUAACUACUACAUAACGAAGUAAAUAUGUUGUAUUUCCAUCCAUUCCUGCAAAAAACUGCAUUGUUCUAGCUCGAAAUCAAAACUAAACAAAUUAGUACCGGUUGGAUAUGUUUACAAUCUGAGUAAUGUAUAGAUUCGAGUGUCUGUAUUGAGAUAAUUUUGUAAUAAAUUGUGUGUACCCACCAAGUGCACUUACAUUGACAUUGAAUAAAAAUAAAGAACCAGUA